AUGAAUUUCUUUUCGACUAUUUUGCGCAAUGGUCACACGGCUCGCAACGAUGACGUUCUGGCCUGCACGGCAUCGCCUUCUGGUGAGAAAGAGAACUAUCAGAGUGUGGACAAAGAGGGGAAAAUUCGAAUAACCGAACAAGCGCAACGAUUCGCGAUUGCGUACAGUAGGGCGCAAGAGAGUAUCGACAAAGCAAUUCGGGAGAUUGCAUCGACGACGAUGAAAGACCCGACGGACGAGCCAAGGUGGCCACUGGCGAUACGAUUAGGAUCGUACGAAAUUUCUACUUGGUACAGUGCUCCGUAUCCUCAGGAAUACGCUCAUGUUCCCAUUUUGCAUAUUUGUGAAUUCUGUUUAAAAUAUAUGAAAACAGAAGCGAUUCUAGCACAGCACAUGAAAAAAUGCGAAUGGCGCCAUCCACCUGGUAAUGAGAUCUAUCGCAAUAAUAAUGUUUCCGUAUUUGAAGUAGAUGGUAACGUCUCAAGGAAAAGUAUAGUCAACAAAAGUUUAACCUUUCCUGCAUUGUCACGCUGCCAUGUUAUCAAAAAACAGGGAUUUGGUCGUUUUCUGAUAGAUUUUAAUCUCGCUAAAGGCACUGGCAUAGCAGUUCACGAUAUCGUUGAGGUUUUCGAUGCGUUGAGAUGGUUUCAGAAGCAAAACGGCAGUGUUGGGUUGGUGUUCAACUGGACGAUGAUUGAUGCACAUUGGAAAAAAGCGAAAAAUGACAAGACAAGAAUUUGGUUGAACGA